AGCGCUUCGGGUAAGAUGGCGGCACCCAUGGAGUCCAACGCGGUUCGCACGAUGCUGUUGAAAAUACUGAGGUUUUCACGCGUGCUGAACAGAUACCGGCUCGGAUGCGCGGGAUCAAGGUUUUUAAGCAGGAAAUCGUACGCCGGGACUGUUCUUCUGCCAAAGACGAGCUUUCCUCAGCGACUCAGUGGGGCCAAAACAUCGCAGAGGGACGACGACAUCGCGAAGUCUGCCUGCUUUUCCGAGCACUACCGGUGGCAGCGAGAACACAACAGUGGGCCCGAGUUUGUGCUCCACGAUGGCCCGCCGUACGCCAACGGAGACACUCAUCUGGGACACGCCGUCAACAAGAUCCUCAAGGACAUCACCAUCCGGUGCCGAUCCCUACGGGGUGACCGCGUCCACUUUGUGCCGGGCUGGGACUGCCACGGUCUGCCCAUCGAAGUCAAGGCACUCUCGAGCGCGGAUGCGUCGGCUUCCCCGACAGAGAUCCGCUCUAAAGCUCGAAAGUUUGCCACAGCCACGAUCGAAAAACAGAUGCAGUCAUUCCAACACUGGGGUGUCAUGGCUGAUUGGACCCAUCCAUACCGCACAUACGACGCCGAAUAUGUGGCGGAGCAACUAAGGGCAUUCUACGAGCUCUAUGAAAAGGGCUAUGUGUUCAGAGACUACAAGCCAGUUUACUGGUCUCCUUCUAACAAGACUGCGCUGGCUGAAGCAGAGCUGGAGUACAACCCAAACCACCAAAGCCACUCGGUGUUCGUGGCCUUUCCAUUAGUCAAGGUUCCGGAAAUGAUACGGGCAGUAAUUUCCGAAAGGUCCGAAGUGUCCGUCCUGAUCUGGACCACGACCCCGUGGACCCUUCCUGCGAACCAGGCGGUCUGCUUCUCCACUAAGCACAAAUACAGCGUCAUACGGACGGAUCCUGCGUGCACGCUCCUGGUGGUGGCCUCCGAGAUGAUCCCGCAGGUUCGGGGCCACUUGGCGCAAAACGCCGAAGUCCUGCUGACGUUCGAAGGAGCGGACGUUUUGUCCGGCGCGACCUACUCGAACCCUUUUCGUGCUGGGAGGGAGUUCCCACUGGUCCCUGGAGAUCACGUGACCAUGGACAAGGGAACGGGACUGGUCCAUUCGGCGCCCAAUCACGGGUUUGAGGACUUCCAGAAUGCACUCAAGCAUGGCAUUGCGCCGGAGGAAUGCCUGGUUGACGAGGCAGGCUGCUUUACGGCCGGCGCCGGGGACGGACUGAAAGGCCGCAGCGUGCUGACAGAGGGCUCCGAGGCGGUGCUGACAACCCUGGGCAACCGCGUGUUGCACAGAGGUGUCUACACGCACAGCUAUCCUUACGACUGGCGCAGCAAGAAGCCCGUCAUCGUGCGUUCGUCGCGGCAGUGGUUCAUCAACCUCGACGAGAACCUGAGGCGGCGAUGCCUGGAGUGCCUGAAGGGAGUGGAAAUCAGGCCCGAAAGUGCUCGUCUCAUGUUUGAGAACCAGUUGAUGCAGCGACCCCAUUGGUGCAUCUCGAGGCAGCGCCACUGGGGCGUUCCAAUCCCGGUGCUUUUCAGCGGCGAGCGCCCGUUCACGUCCAAGAAGUUCGUUGACCACGUUUGCAACCUGGUGAUGGAAAAGGGGUCUGACAUCUGGUGGACUGCUACAAACGAGGAACUGGUGCCGGAAAGCCUACGCAGUGAGCUGAAGCUCGACUCGGGAACGGAGCUACGACGCGGCAACGACAUAAUGGACAUUUGGCUCGACAGCGGACUGAGUUGGAGAGCCGUUCUUCCCGAGCCCCAGCAGUCUCAGCUCUACUUGGAGGGUCAGGACCAGGUGCGGGGUUGGUUUCAGUCCGCACUCAUCACCAGCGUGGCCCUCAGGGGUCAAGCCCCCUACAAGCAGCUGUAUAUGCACGGCUUCACGCUGGACUCUAAGGGAAGGAAGAUGUCCAAAUCGCUCGGGAAUGUCGUCGACCCAGUAAAGAUCACAAAAGGGGGAAAGAAUCUUGACAAGGAACCUGCAUACGGUGUUGAUGUGCUUCGGUGGUGGGUCGCAAUGCACGCCAGCAGCAAUGACAAUGUGGCCAUCUCUACGCACGUCAUCGCAGAGUGUCGAGAGAACGUCACCAAGUUGAGGAACACCCUGAGGUUUUGCCUGGGAGGUCUGCUGCACUUCGACGAUAGAAGAGACGCCCUCUCCUACGACCAGCUCCUCCCUGUCGACCAGCUGAUGCUGCAUUUGCUGCAUCGGUUUCAUUUUCGGGUGACCAAAUGUUUGGAGGACAUGCGUUACAACCAUGCCUGUGCGGCCAUCCUGAACUUCGUCGUCAAUGAAGCUUCCUCGUUUUACUUUUCGGCCAUUAAGGACAGGCUGUAUUGCGACGCUGAAACAUCGGUGGCACGCCGGUCGUGCCAGACCGCGCUGAGCCACGUCCUGGACUCGCUGGUGUUCUCGGUGGCGCCAAUACUGCCGCACCUGUCCGAAGAAGUCUAUUACCACCAUGCCAGUCCCGCCCGAUUCGAAACCGGCGUCUUCCGCCGGUCAUGGCAUCCUCCGCCGAGCGAAUGGAAUCGUGCAGAGUUCGAGGCGCUCGAGGGUCCCCUGUUCCAACUGAGGAAUGUUGUCAACAAGGCCGCCUCCAAGGGUGGUCCCAAGUCGUACGAUCUCAACAUCAUCUCGCAACGAGGCUGCCAAUUCGUGGAUUCGUUACGGGUGCUGCAACCGGAAACCACAGCUGUUCAUUCAGGCUUGACGGACGUGCUUCAGGUGGCCUCCGUGACGUUCAUAGAUGACGCGCAGUUGUCCAAAAAAUACGAGAGUGAAACAACUGUGGUGGAUGAAGGAGAGGGCGUGUAUGCGGCGUUAACGCCAACCAAGAAUUGGGCUUGCGACCGGUGCCGACGCAACAUCUCGGAGACCGAGGGCCAACUGUGUGCCAGGUGUGACCAAGUGUACCAGCAACUUCAGCUCAAGUUUGACAAAGGAGCAGCCUUUGUGGAAGAAGACGACGAACAGCGGCUGAAGGGCUGAGCUGGAACAGCGGAGCACUUCUCACUGGGGUCAUGCGACUUAAAAGGUCGAGCGGUCUACCACAUCACGUGUUGUGCAGACUGUUGGGCUGCGACGACGCCAUCUUGUGCACAACCUCUGAAAGUGAGAUGGCUAUCUCUUGGUCGUGGCUGUCUUCAGGAAGGUAGUUCAUGGCACGAUCAAGGAGUGAGAUCGUCUGAGAGACUGGUGGAUUGCACAGACGUAGUACCUUGGGGUCCUGCAGACGGAAGAAAAGAUACAUGCUUUUGUCGUCGUUGAAAUAAAAAAGAUGAUUGCCUGUA